GCUUACUAUGAAACUCGUUCCUGCUACUCUGAAAAAUCAUGAAGAUCAGGUUUAUCAGGAUACCAAAAACAAGCCGAAAGCCUCGACUGAUUCUUGUGAGGAAAAAAACCGUAGAUAGGCCUAAUUUCCUUAACUGUUCUGGGUCUAUCAUGACAUGAAGCAGCUGCCUGCAUGGACGACUCCGGAUGCUGGUCCGGACUUGCUGCUGAGUGUUCAGAGGCAUGUGGAAGCGAAGACUGUGGAGCAGCUGGAUUCGGCACAAGUCAUGCAACUAGAGAGGAAUCUGCAGUCCUUGCUCGGAGAGGCCCAAGUUCGAAAGACAGAGCUGAUGAUUGAAGCUGUUACGAGCUUUCAGCAGCAGGAGAUGCCUCUCCCUCCAGAAAGCCUGCUGAUGGAAAACGAGCUCUCGGCCAUAACCAACCAGCAGAGCCAGAACCAGAACCAGCAGCACGAGCAGGAAUUGGACGCCAUUCCAAAUCCAAACCAGCAGCAACAACUUUUCCUGAUGGGGAUGCACCUAAACAACAGCAACAAUGGUGGAGAUGGAGAUUCCAACAUCGUCCCAAUCCAGCAAUUGCAGCAUCAUCAACAAAACCAGCCUUUUCUCAUGGGUCCUUCUGUUGCCUCUCUGCUCCAGAGGGAUGCCUUCCAGAAGGGCAUCCUUCAUUUCUUCUGACCAGACCAGAAAGAAACUGCAUGCAGAGAAAAAAGCAUGCAUCCACCCAUCAGGGGAAAAAUGAUGCUAUUUGUACUACUUUCCUAAUAGUUUCCGAGUUUUGUGACACUAGCCCCAGCAGCCCUGCACUGGGGAGUGUUCUACUAGUAAAUAAGAUGAUUUUCUGGGUAAAGAUGAGGAAAAAUAGCAGCGGUAGCUGCUUGCUGCAAUCCAUGGUCAUAUCUAGAUGUUAUUAGUAUUACAUGUGUUGGAAAAAGGUCUGCCACGUGUGCCUGACAUUGCCACGUCGCAUGUCUGAGAAAGUACCACCUUGGAAUCGUGGGCUUUCAAUUAUAGCUAUGUACUAUUCUAAUCUUAAUUAAUAGCAUAUAAUUAUGUGUGCCAGCAGGUGAUGUAGGGGGAAAAAAUGGGUUUCAGGCGACAAGGUGAUAAAAAGGUAUUUGACAAAUACAAAUAUGAGUUUUUUUUUUUUUUUUUGUGUGUGGUUUGGAAAAUUUGUUGGGGAACACUUAUGAC